UUAACUGGUCUCCAUGCCUCAUCUUCUUGGCGUGUCCAGUCCACACUCCAUAGCUCGAAACUUCUCUCUUCUCUCUGCUCCCUUUGCCCUCCGGCGAAGCAAGUAUUGGUCCUUCUCUCUCUAUCCGGUGUUACAGUCAGCAGAUGGUCAACACUUGGAUAACGAAGAACAUGGGAUUCUGAAUGCUACAGGUAUUACCAUUUGAAUACGUGUCCCCGAAUGGGGUUGUAGUUGUUGAAGGGCUGUUUUGAAGAAUCUUGUUGAGUUGCCAGCAGUUUGGUGAAUUUUGGGGACGAAGUUUGGUGGGGAGCAAUUGAUUUUCUUCCCCGCGGGCCAAGGAAGAUGUCUAGUUUCGUGGGUGUUGUUGUUUCUGAUCAGUGGCUUCAGAGCCGGUUCACGCAGGUUGAACUUCGUAGCCUCAAAUCCAAAUUUAAUUCACAGAAGAAUCAGAAUGGUAAAGUUACUGUUGAUGAUUUGCCGCCUUUAAUGGCGAAACUAAAGGCUUUCAUUGAGAUGUACAAUGAGGAGGAGAUCAGGGGGAUAUUGGGCUAG